UUUUUUCUCACUACUCUUCAAGUGAACAUUCUUCCCUCUUUGAAAGACAACAACACCAAAUCGACAAAUAAUCUCACGAUGAUGCUUGGCCUCAGAUCAACAUUCUUUGCCUCAUCGGCCCCUGCCUCUAUUUCUGAAGCUGUGCCUGCUACCAAGGCAUCUGCCCCUAUCCCGUCGUCUUCGUCGCCUUCAUCUUCGUCAAAGAGGGCGGAAUCGAAGCCAAAGAAGGCAGACGACAUGUACGGCCGCGACUUUAGCGUCUCGAAUGAAGUCGCCGACAUGCUGGCUGGACGCCUCCGCGCCGGUGGUCUCUCCGUCGGCGGCGAGCCGCUCCGCUCGAGCGGGCGCGGCAAGCUGCAGGCCAAGUCGAGGACACCCUCGCCCAAGCAGCAGUCUCCACCCAAGGGUGACGUCGCCGCCGAGGACGAUGACGAGAAGACACUCUACUCGGAAUCCACCACGAGCAGGAAGGGCCUUCUCGGAAAGUUCUCCAAGGGCUAGGCGAGGCAAAGUCUGAAACUCUUCAUUUUUGAUGGAUGACAACAAUCAUCAGCAUUCAUAUGCGUAGGAGCGACGGUCAGACCGCUCGCCUCAGCCAGCCCUCGGCGCAAAGAUGAGCUUUUCGUUCGCGGAGCUUUCGACUCGACUAUCAGUUCACGACUGCUGCAUUAAAGUUUGCGUGCGCAAAGGAACCCUCACCAUCACAGCAGGUCGUGAACUCCGCUCUGGAUAUAUUCUUGCUUGUAGGCAUCGUCAUGCCUCGUUUGAACGUCCAGCCCCCUUUUUACUAUUCCCCCCACCACUUCGUCUCCUUUCUCGAAAUUUUCCCUUCUGUCCUCCUUCUCCUUGCUCGGGCAAUACUAUCGUCCCCCCUGGCGAGAAGCGCUGAAUGUAUUGACAUUUUCAUUAAGAUGAGAAGGAAGUGAGGACAGAUAAGAACAGAUUCGAGAAAUACAGCCACAUCCACAGAGCAAGGUU